AUGAAUAUCCCAAACACAGGAAGCCUGGAUCGACGAUGCUCACAUGUAGCUACAUCAGAGACUUCGGCGAUUUUACCUCACACAUUAACUCCAGACAUGGUAUCAACUGAUGGACUACAAAAAGACCACCCCUUCGAUAUCACCACGCAAAAGGAUAGCUUCUGUGAUGUUGAUGAGGUACGUGUUAUCGAAGAACAAAGUUUACCUCCUUCUGAAAGUAGUAAAAGACCCGUGAUUAUACCUCAACCAUCACUUAGCGAAAAGCUUAGGGGUCAUACCGUGGCUUUCCAAAGUGAUGAAGCGAGUGACACGACACAAUCUAGCAAUAGCGAGGAUGACGAAGGAUGGGUUAAAACCACAGUACGUGAAGGAUCCACCGUGGACGUGAAGCGGGGCCGGAUGACAAAUACCAUGAAGUAUCAGUCUUGCCAAAUCGCUGGGCUCAAGGAGACGAUGCCUCAUCAUCCUAUCAUUAGUUUUAGCGGAUGCACUGCGAUCUCUCCUGAUGUGGCUGACACAACCUUUCCGGAGUCUAUCUACCCCCACACCCCCACAGCAAUCUGUGAUCUCUCUCCUAUUGCUCCUGGAACGACGAGUGCUUCUGUGGAACACUCGAUAGUACCUGAGAGGCAGCCUGUGACAUCCAGUCGCGCCAGGGGACACUUUAUGCAAUCCAGAGCCUUCUCCCGAUCGACGCUUGCGCCGCGACCGUCACCACUUGAUUAUAAUGACAACAACACCGCCACAGUAGGGAGCAAAAGCUUAAACUACAGCCAUAUUCCAAACUAUAUACUCGGUAGUGGAGGUUUGCACGAUAAUAAUACCAAUACUAGUAUAUUCAUGGAUUUGUUGCCUAGUACCUUUUCUAGCACACAGGGCGCGUGGAGUACUGAUCCAACAUCAUCGAAUAGGGCUGAGUCGUCGUUUCUGAACUCAGUCGUGAAGCAGAAAGGCCGAUCCGCUCUUAUAGCUGAGCUUAUGCAUCGCAGAGAGUGCCUUAAGAAAAAGCUCACGCAGCUUCAGCUCACAGCCACGGCGAAGAACAUAUUCGCCAUCGUGCGUGCGAGUAAAGUGUCGCAGCUGCAGUAUCUGCUUCAGGAAAGGCUUCUCAAGGUCAAUGAAAGAGAUUACAACGGCUGUACCCCACUACAUGUUGCAGCGAGUGAGGGUAAUAUGGCCAUUGUCAAGCUUCUCCUGUCAUUCGGUGCAGAUGUUCUGGCGCUGGACAGCUUCGGCAGAACCCCAUUGGAUUGUGCGGCUGCUCAUAGACAGAGCGGGGUCGCGCGAUAUUUGAUGGCGGUGAUCCGUGCCCCAUGGCAGCAAGAGGAGGCGGCAGCAGCAGAUGUUCAGAGCAUUGAUAAGGGUGGAAAUGGAGACUGUGCUGACCCUCCUGAGGUGCCACCGUCAUUGUUUUCGCCAUCUCCUCCUGGUAGCUCGUUGGUGUCGAGCCUAGAACAGUCACAUGGCUGCAAAAUUAACGUUGAUGCGUCUUUUCUAUCUAUUCCCGACUUUGCGCCCAUACAAGCCCCGGACAAAAUCAACGACGAUAAUUAUGCCUCAAGUUCAGUAUCCCCUAAAGUUACACAGCGCGGUGUGACGCCUUCACGGGAAGCUGAGACUACGUUGAAGGAGAGAGGAAGCGGUGAUGCUAUCAUGAGCGCGAAUUUUUUAGAGGGUUUACCACCAGUAGAGAUAGGAGUAGGCCUUAGUACUACGCUCCAUCGUGUCAGGUCUAGUGACGCGUCGUCCUCUCAACUCGUUCAGCUUCCAAGGUCUCACAUGGAAGAAAACACAGACACUGAGACUGGUGGUUUAGGUAGGAUUAAAACAGUUUUUUCAGGGUCUCAGUUAGUAGAAACCCAGCGAGACGAUGCAGUUGUGGGGAGGCUGGAGCUGCCACAAACAAAAGCACGGAGUGAGGAAAAGAGUGACGGUACGAUUGGCGUUGAUGCUAAGAGUUGCUGCGGUGAAUUCAAGGCAACUAUACCGCUAGCUGUGACCACCCAAACUGCGGUACCAGAACAACCUCAGGAAUGCUUUGUGGGAUGUGAUUUGACAGCUGGGCAGACUCCAAAGAAAUCGAGUGUGAAUACCGAAGUCGAGCAGGCUCCUUCUCACGAUAAGACAGCAGAUGUAGCGAUUACUCUGCGAGAGCACUCUAAAUUUACUACUGUGCCAGAUAGCGUAUCCCUUAUUGUGUGUCUGUGUGGGUUACCGGGGCGUGGUAAAAGCUUUAUUAGUCUACGGUUGAUGCGCUACAUGAACUGGAAAGGUAUCCCGUGCCGUGUCUUCAACGCGGGGAGCUAUCGUCGAAAGCUAUUGGGUGUCGAAGGCACCUCCAAAGCUGAUUUUUAUGACCCCAACAAUCUCCAGGGAAGAAAGCAACGCGAGAUCAUGGCCGUGCUUGCGUGUGAAGAUCUUGUGAGCUUCAUCAUGCACCAUCGUGUUGCGAUUGGCAUUUUGGAUGCUACUAAUACCACCAGAUCGCGUCGGUCGAAGCUGAAGAAUUUCUUCGCCAUGGAAUGUGGAAGGCGUAGUCUGCAAUAUCGCCUUCUGUUUAUCGAAUCCGUGUGUACAGAUGAAGGGGUCAUUACUGAAAAUAUUCUGCGAAGUAAGUUAAAAAACGAUGAUUUCAAAGGUAUAAAUGACACAAACGCCGUCAUUGCCGAAUUCAGAAACCGCAUCCAGCAGUACGAGAAGGUCUACGAGACGCUUCACCCAAGUGAAGGACUAUCCUUUAUCAAAAUUAUAAAUGCCAAACAUCACAUCAUUCUUUACAGGGUAUCUUCUGGAUUGGGUAGCCGUGUGGGAUUUUUCCUCAUGAAUCUACAUCCUAUUUCUCACCCCAUAUACAUUGUGCUUCCCGGCGAAACUGAGGGGGAUCGAGAGGGCGUGUACGGUGGCAGUGAACGCCUCACAGCUCGUGGCGAAUCCUUUUCGUGGGCUUUGAAACACUUUAUUCAGGACCGCUACGUACCGCAUAUGCUUAUCCUCCACGGUACAAACCAGAGCGUGUUAAGCACGCUGCGACCCCUCCUGCAAGGGGAAGACGAGACCGCCGGUAAGUCUAAUCUGAACUAUCUAUACCAACCCUUAGUUCAUCAUGCUUUCGACACGGAAAGGGCGCAUCACCGUAAUCACAGAGACGAAGAUGGCGUCACUGGUCUAGUACGUAAUACUGGCAUCGUUUAUUGCCGGCAUGCAGUUACUCUGGGGCAUUCGCCUCAUUGCAUAAUCUCACCAAACAUCUCGGAUGUGCCCCAUGUGGCGUCGCCCAGACAACAGAUCGUGAGAGCGCCCCUUUCCACGAGGCCUCCGGAGGAUGUUGAUGCAACAAAGGCGAUGAAGGGUGGAUGCGUUAGUAUGAUUCCCUUUCCGGACACGCAGCAUCAACAACCACGGGAGCACCAAGAUAGGCUAAAGAGUUGUUCGCCGCACACAGAGUGCCUCGACAAUAAUGAUGAGGACGACGAAGCCAUUGAGGAAGUCUUGUGUGGCGUGCCGGGGCUGGAUAAUAUUAACUAUGGCCUCUUCAGCGGACACAACGCCACAUGGGCAGCUCAUCAUUACCCGCGACUCUUACCUCUGAUUCAUGCAACCGGCCUAGCGGAUUGGCAGCCUGACACUGGGCUAGUGGCAGGUGAGGCGACAGCGCAAGAGGAAACGAAAGGUAACACUUGCAUUACCACACCCACUAUAGCUGGUGCAGGCCCAGGACGAGGCUCCUGUGCACCGCGACCGAUACGUUUCUCCAGCUUCACGGAUGCCAUACGUUGCCUCCACCGCCCCCCCGCUGAUGUGGACCCGAGUCUGGCUUACAAUAUGCACUUCCCAAACGGAGAGAGCUUCCGACAGGUCAGCGUGCGCCUCGAGUCGGCGUUGAUGGCAGUGAUGCGAACGCAGUCACCUGUGUUUGUGGUGGCAUCUUCGAUAGCAGCACAGGGAGUACUAGCCUUUUUUACUGAUGUUAUGCCGGAGCGGUUGAUGACAUUACGCUUACCGCAACACAGUGUUGUUGAGAUCAGCUUCAACGAGUCCAUUACCGUGCAUCCACUGCUUCCAGACGUUCAAUUAAAUUGCAAACCCAGUGUUGUGUCACCUAUUCUGACUCAAGAGGAGAUAGACAAAACGUUGCAAUUGGCGUAUUCUACUCAUUAG